AGCACCAGAGUUUCCUUACAUCAAUCCUGCUGCCUCGAUAAAGCUUGGCAAAUUUCAGUGUGCUAUUUGCGAGGCAUCGCUUCCGGAUACUGCUCAAAUCUUGAAGCAUGCAACAUUUGCACAACGGGUGAGCUAUCAACCUCGCUCUGCUGCCGAAGAGUUGGUUAUGGAAGCUGGCUCAAGCAACUUGACCAUAGCACAGCCUGGCAGCACAGCUGAAGUAGAGACUCCCGUUUGCUCGGCUAGCUUCGAGACGUUCAGCGAUAAGAAGAUUCUCAACAAUUUUUCACAAACAAGUGAAGUACUUGUCAGUGCAAGUGCCCCAUUGGAAUGUACUUCUCAACAGGCUGCAUUUGGACCCAAUCUUCAUUUCACUUAUGCUGGAGGAAAGGAUGCACAUUGUUUACUGAUGUUACUCCGAAGGAAGAGCUUUUGUGAAGUUCCGGACGGACAUCACACGUAG